AUGAAACCAGAAAGAAUAAGACAACAUUUCGAAGAUUUAGGCGUUCAAGACGGAGCAGAAGCCGAGAAGAUGAACGCGAGUCAUCAGAUUCAAAACGAUUUUCCUGUGCACUGUGUUAUAUACAGUUUUAUUGGUGGUAAGCCAGAUCAUUUGUCCGAUUUACCCUAUGCUGUUCUCGUUGUCUUGAUCGUAAUCCACGCCACGACUUUCCCUUUUGCCAUUGUGUUGAAUCUGUUGGUAAUGAUCGCUGUGAAGACCAAAGCACGCUUGCAGAGCAUGUCUAACAUAGCAUUAGCCUGUUUAGCGUCGACUGACGUGAUGGUCGGAUUAGUUGUUCAGCCUCUUCUUAUUGCUCAGAUGGUGAACCUUAUCCAAGGGGAGACCACAGCCGGUGCAUGCUCAGUACAAAGUGCCACAAGAUUUUUCAUCACCUUCUUUUGCUUUUCUUCCGCUGUUCACCUCUUCUUAAUAACAGUGGAUCGGUACAUCGCCAUCAUGCGUCCCUAUAUUUACAUUCAAACCGUCACCAAAACUCGUGUGCUGAUUGCCACAGCUCUUGCAUGGACCCUGUCUGUAAUUGUACACAUCGUGUCGCUCAUUGACGAGGAACUUUUUAGAACUAUCAUUAGUGUUGUCGUAGUUUCACUUGUUGCAAUCAUUGCUGUCUGCAACAUAAUAGUUUAUCGUGAGGUUCAUCGCCAUGAAAAGCAAAUAGCAGCUCAGCAAGUCGAUGUAGCGACCAGAGAAAACUUUUUAUCUCAAAAGAGAGCUUUUAAAUUAACAUUGACGAUCAUUGCACUUUUAGUUAUAAGUUUCUUGCCUGUAAUUAUGUUUAGAAGGCUCAAGGAGCCCCUGAAAAGGAUUGUGAGCUUUGAUACAUUGAGUUGCAUUUUUAUGGCUGUUUAUAGUUUACCGGCUUUUAACUCUUUUGUUAAUCCGUUUAUUUACUGUAUAAGGUUAAGACAGUUUCGAGUCUCAUUCAUCGAAUUGGACUACGUCUUUUUGGUGGUGCUUCGACAUCUUAAACUUCCAUCUUAUAAACCUUGUUUGCAACACGUCAGUUUUGAAUCCAACCGGAGGGGAAAGAGAGAGCAACAACAUACUAACCAGGCCAAUGUCAUCAGAGAAGUCGAAAAAUCCCUAGGUGGGGAGAGAGGGGAACAGCAUGCAAACCAGGCCAAUGUCAUCAGCGACAUCGAAACAUCCCUAGGUGGGGAGAGAGAGGAACAACACAACAGCAAGGUCAAUGUCGUCAGAGACGUCGAGAUAUUAGUCUUUGGUGGGAAGAGAGAGGUAGAGUUUGCCAAACAGGCCAGUGUUAUUGGAGACGUCGAAACAUCCCUAGGUGGAGUGAGAAAGGAACAACACACCAACCAAACCAAUGUCAUCAGAGACGACGAAAAAGUCAACGUAUCAACCUAG